AUGAAUACUUGCAAGACUCGCAUAAGAAGUGCGAGUCUUGCACGUGAAAUAAGAAAUUGCGAGCUUUUGCGAGAACGAGAAAUUGCAAGACGAGACAAUGCGAGCAUUUGCGAACGCAAGGCAAGACAAGCAUUUAUGCAAGACAAGCCAAGACGAGUCCCGAAAAUUUCUUGCAAGACUUGCAAGAAUUCUCGUUCUUGCCGAACUCCAUUGCUCGCGAGAGGGAACUCUAGUAACUAUCUCCCUCAAGAUUAA